AUUACUUCAAGUGGAAUUGACAAGUAACUCAGUCCACGAGAAUGAGUCAGAAAGACUGUUUCUGUUGAAGUGAUAGAAUGAUGGAUAUCUGGCGAGUUUAGGAGAAACAGCGGAUUUUUCGGGAGCCCCGCUUAUCUGCGCUGAAUAUCGGAAUCACUGCAAUGACCGAGUCCUCGAAACCGCCUUUAGGGAGGAGAAUGAAGGCACAUGCCCCACCUCCGCCACAGGCCCCUCAACCGGCUCCCCGCCACAUCUUCAGAAACACGGCACCUGAUGGGGGAGGGACAUCAGGGAUGGACGCCAAGGAAAACAUACUGAGGCCCACCGUGGAUGUACAGUUAACCCUACCACAGGGACAGCGGGUUUCUAUAACUGAGGAUGGAAGUAAAGCACUGAUGGACCUGCUGGUUGAACUCUGUAGUCACUAUCACCUCAAUCCGGCCUUGCACACCCUGGAGCUUCUGUCACCCGAGGGCCACAGUUUGGGCUUCAAGCCCAACGCUCUGCUGGGCUCCCUUAACGUGGCCUGUGUCCUCAUCAAGGAGAAAGUCUUGGAGGAGAAAGUGGUGCGCAGACCGGCGCCCAAAGUGCCAGAGAAAACAGUGCGUUUGAUGGUGAACUACCACGGCAGCCAGAAAGCUGUGGUUCGGGUCAACCCGUUGGUACCACUUCAGACCCUGAUACCGGUCAUCUGUGACAAGUGUGAGUUUGAGCCUGCACAUGUCCUGCUCCUGAAGGACAGCAUCAGUCGCCACGAGUUACAGCUGGACAAAUCUCUCUCAGAGCUGGGCAUCAAGGAGCUCUACGUACAUGAUCAGAGUCUAGCUUUCCAGCCUAAAAUGGCUUCUGCCCCUGCUCUUAACUUCCCAGACUCCAUUCGCUCCAGUACUAGCAGUCUGGGAAGACCUGAGAAGAAAGGCCUCCUGGGAAUUUUCCAGUUCAGCAGAAGGAAAUCCAAAACAGAAACAAGAUCUAUGGACAUGGAUGACUAUGAUGAAACAUUUAUCCAAAAUACAGACACACAAUUUAAUGCUCUGUCCACAGUGUCAGGGGUCCCCAGCUUAGAGGAUCGACCAGGCACCUUGGGCCAGUCUCAGUCCGUCAUGAGUAUCCCCAGGAUGUCUCCCAAGGCUGACCCUAAGAAGAGAAGGGCCCCAGCACCACCGGGGGCCCCGACACCCAGCAUGGGACAUACCAGCUUCGAAAGCUAUCAGAUGGGCCUUGGUUCAGAAAGCCAGCAGAGGAAAAGAAAGGCUCCGGCUCCUCCUCCCACUCCAACGUCCCUCACCCAGGGCUCAGAUGAUGCUUCCACCUCUGCUGCUCCCUCUCCUGAUGGCCAAGCUACUGAAAUACCAACCCCAGCCUUCCGCACUACGGUGGUACAGUCAACCACUGUCUCUACUGCCACUGUGGUAAUGGAAACAGUGAAACCUGGUCCCAUAAAAAUAGAGGCACAACCUCCACCUGUGUCAAAUGCCACCCCGACCCCCAGUUCCCCAACCCCGAGCAGCAGCACCACCGACAGCCUGGUUGUGCAGGAUUCCAGCUCUGAACUCAGCCACAGCCUAGACGACUCAGAUGCUGACCUGGACCAGGCUGGUUCCCACUGCAGCACCCUCACCAGUAGCACAGCGAGCGGCUCUGUGUGGGUGAACGCCACUACAAAAAGCUCCAGCAGCAAGAUGGAGGAAUCAGCCACCGUCAUUGUUGUCAAAUUAAAGGAAGAGGUGACGUCAGACAGCAGCUCCAGAUCGGAGACUGAGUCGGCCCUUAACCUGAAACUGGAUGAAGUUGAGAACAACAGACACAGUGCAAUGGCUUGGCUCCAUUCUGCACGGAGCUCUGCAGCAAGUGACCAGAAACAAGAAAAUGGAGUUGCUGAGGAUGAAACUGUGUCUUUGGGCAGCAGCAGUAGCAGCAGCCGUGGCAGCAGCCUGCCUGACCAGGGUUACGCAGCUUCUGAAGGGAUGGCAGAGGGCGAGGACUCAGGAAUGGUCAGUUCGCCAUCCGACACCCAACCCACAUCCCCAGAUGGGAGUUUGUCUCUGGAUGGAAGUGGCCGAGGCAGAGGAGAGAAACUGCUGCGACCAGUGCGAGACAGUUCCAGUGACAGCGAUGAGGGAUGUGCCACCUGGGGAUCAAUGCACAGGCACAAUGACGUCAUCCCAGAGUCACAGUCAGUCAGAUUAAAAAACAGCUUUGAAGAGGACCCAGAGCUCACAGCCCAGCUCCAUCAGACUUUGGCAGAUUUUGAAGCAGACCUUGCAGAUCAGGAUGAUAUACUUUCAGCAAGAGAAACUCCCGAUGCCAUGUCCACUGACAGUAAUGAGGUGCCGGUAUCCGUAGUGGACAUGGACGUGCCAGUCACAGCCAUAGAUGAAGUAAUGGAGGUCUAUGAGCGUAGCACUGUAGAACAUGAGGCAAAGUCACUUACCAGGACUGAGUCAGCUGGCAGCAAAGGUACAGUAGGUCCGGAUUUGCAUCAGACGUCAAGUAUAGAGACACAGAACAAAAACAACAAUGCUUAUACAGCUGCUGUCAGUCAGAAAAAACAAAAGGAAAAAAGCAAAAAGCAGCAUAGUAAACCACUGGAGAACAAGUCUAUAGGUGAUAGGAUGGAAGAAAAGAUGCUAGAGACAAAAAAUAAAGAGAUGAGUGCUGCUGAUACCAAACGUGGAAAAGAAGACAAACAAAUCUCGGUGAAAUCUAAUGCGGAAAUGCAGAAAAAACCCAAGAAGACAGAGAAAAGCCCUGAUCCUGUGAAAAAGAACUCUCAGUCUUUUCAACAGAAAAAAACUGAUCUUCCAAUGAGUCAGAGAUUAGUAUCUACAGAAAAAGAAGAAGAGAACCAUAGAGUUUACCAAAUUAAGUCCAAUUCUGGUUCUUCACACGGUAAAAUCACUCACGUCACCUCACGGUUUGGUAUGAAAACCUUCACUGUGGUCCCUCCCAAACCCUCUGUCACACAUACUGCUGGGGAACAGCCAGCUGUCCCAUUUACCGCUGGUGCAAUUAGGAUCGACGAUCAAGGAAAUAUGGUGUCAUCAGGUGUAUUCCGGAAUAAAGUUGGAGGGUCUUCAGAGACAGAGAUAAAUCGUAGCGAAGGUUCUCCUCUUGUUGGACAAGCCAAAGCUUUUUGGAGCUCAAAUGAAAAACAAGAAAGUGCUGUGAUCCCCAGCAAAGGUCUGAUUGAUAAGGCUAAGGAGAGCACAAAUGGCGAGAAAAGUGCCUCUACUGCAGUCUUUGAAACAACAUUGAAGACCAGUAAGACAGAGUACCUGAAAACAACACAAAGCACUCUUUCUAAACCUGCAGAGAAAGUCCAGCUUAUAGAGUUGGUGAAAGAAGAAGCUAACGAACCUGCGAAAGACGUCAAAGCUGCAAAUGAGGAGUACAGUAAGGUGGAGAGCAAGAUCUCAGUGUCCAAAAACAUUCAGCAGCCAAGUAUUAAACCUGCCCUUCCUCCUCCACUGCUUGCAGACAUGAGGAGAGACUUGUCGUUCCUGAAACCAUCAAGGCGAACCUCAAGCCAAUAUGUGGCAUCUGCCAUCUCUAAAUAUACCCCAAUGACCUCAGCUAAACCCAUCAGCACCCCUAAAACCCCUGACUACUCUGCUUCUUCCAAAACACCAUCGCCUGGCCUCCAGAGAUUGGGUCAGUCCAUACAAGUGAAUCCACACCAAUCUUCCCUGUCAUACGUGUCAGAUAAUAAGGAAAAUGUCUCUACUUCCACAUCCCGAUCUCCUGGUCCUAAGAGAUCUAUGAGCUCCCCUGAAUAUGUGUCAGAUACUCGGAGAGAUUUUGAAAAAUUUGACAGGGGAGGAUUUAAAAGUUCUGUGGUAUCCACCAAAGAAAGUUUGGGUUUGCUGGAAACAGAAACAGCCAAGAAUAAUCACAUUCACUCUAGUGGACCCACCCAUAUAAAAGUGACCGCCAAUAAUGACAGAGAUUACAAUAAACAUAUCCGACAGAGAAGCCCCAGCCCAGCAAAAACCAGCACUCUGCACUCAUAUGCCAAACCACCCACAGCCCCCAAGACCAUAUCUCAAGACCAGACAAAUAACUUGAAAGACAUGAUCAAGACAGCCACUCCUCUAACCACGAAUGGGAAACCGCAGCCUUCUGUCACAGUGACAGACAGUGCUGUGACCCCUCCUGCAGUGACAGUGUUUGGACCAAUUGCAAAGUUCAAACCAGUGAUCUACAGAUCUGUUGAGAAAGAGACAUCUCUGCACAGCAACCUGAUGGAGGCAAUCCAGACAGGUGGAGGCAGGGACAGACUCAAGAAGAUAUCCACUUCUGGCUCCAGCAAUCUGAAAAAAGGGCCUUACAUUGAAGAGGAGAAUGAGAGGUCUGCUCUUCUGGCUGCCAUUAGAGCCCAGAGCAACACUGGCAGACUGAGGAAGACCAGAUCUGUGGCUGCUCAUGAGCUUGAGAAGUUGAGGAAAAUGGGUGCUGAAGAGGAGAGAAGUGCAGCCUCUUCCUCUUCUACAGUCUUUACCGCACCACCACCACCACCUCCACCAGCACCCAUGACUGCACCUCCUCCUCCUCCUCCCCCUGUCCUGCCCCAGGCUAAACCGAGCUCUGUGGCACAUCCAAACGCUAACGCCCCCAUGAACCUUGCCUUGGCCAGGGAGGCUAUGCUCGAGGCUAUCCGCUCUGGAUCUGCUGCUGAGAGGCUAAAAAAGAUCGCUGUGCCCAGAAAUACAGUCCAAGUGAACGGCAGACUGGGAACCAUCCAAGCAACCUCCUCAGCAAUCCCUCAACAAUAAGAGGGGAUCCCCACAGCACCACAACGAGGAGUAAUUUAUCAAAUUUAAUUUUAGUUUUUGUACUUUGCCACUGUGCUUUUGCAACAAGAGUUUGGGAAAAUGGUUUAGGGAAUGUUGUUUGGAAGUUUUAGGAAUUUUGCACUCCAGAAAUUACACAAAAAUUAUUUAAGAAGAAAGAUUUUGUCAUGCUGCCUAGAUAGACUAGAUCAUUAAAAGACGCUUCUAUUUCACUACCAAGCAGUUGCAUAAUCUACUUAAAGGUUUUUGAGACAAGAAUUUAAACAUUUCGUCUUGCAAGAGGAAUGUCACUCUGUUAGUAGCCAAACCUCUGUAACAUCUGUCUGAUAAAGGUGUCAGAGGUGAAAGGUUUGCAGUUAUUGCCACUAAUAAGAUCAGCUCAGCUUCUAACAAUAACUUGAU